CUUUUUCCCUUUAUAGCACCAUUGAAUCCUAGUCCUAACAGAAGUGCUGCGAAUCUUGUGGCCUCAUUUUGAACAAAAGGGAUUAGAGAAGAAAAAUCUCUUGAUUUAAGGCUUGACAGCAAAGGCAGGCAAUCUUGGUUGUGAAUAUUUUCUGAUUUUUCCAGAAAUCAAGCAGAAGAUUGAGCUGCUGAUGUCAGUUAACUCUGAGAAGUCGUCCUCUUCAGAAAGGCCGGAGCCUCAACAGAAAGCUCCCUUAGUUCCUCCACCGCCACCGCCACCACCACCACCACCUCUACCAGACCCCACACCUCCAGAGCCGGAGGAGGAGAUCUUGGGAUCAGACGAUGAGGAGCAGGAGGACCCUGCAGACUACUGCAAAGGCGGCUAUCACCCAGUGAAAAUCGGGGACCUAUUCAAUGGCCGGUACCAUGUUAUCAGGAAGCUAGGAUGGGGACACUUCUCUACUGUAUGGCUGUGCUGGGACAUGCAGGGGAAAAGAUUUGUUGCAAUGAAAGUUGUCAAAAGUGCCCAGCAUUAUACAGAGACAGCCCUGGAUGAAAUAAAAUUGCUGAAGUGUGUUCGAGAAAGUGACCCCACUGAUCCAAAUAAAGAUAUGGUGGUACAGCUAAUUGAUGACUUCAAGAUUUCAGGCAUGAAUGGGAUACAUGUCUGCAUGGUCUUUGAGGUGCUUGGCCACCAUCUCCUCAAGUGGAUCAUCAAGUCCAACUACCAAGGCCUCCCAGUCCGUUGUGUGAAGAGUAUCAUUCGACAGGUCCUUCAGGGGUUAGAUUAUCUACACAGUAAGUGCAAGAUUAUUCAUACUGACAUAAAGCCGGAAAACAUCUUGAUGUGUGUGGAUGAUGCAUAUGUGAGGAGAAUGGCAGCUGAGGCCACUGAGUGGCAGAAAGCAGGUGCUCCUCCUCCGUCAGGGUCUGCAGUGAGUACCGCUCCACAGCAAAAACCUAUAGGAAAAAUAUCAAAAAACAAAAAGAAAAAACUGAAAAAGAAACAGAAAAGGCAGGCUGAGUUAUUGGAAAAGCGCCUGCAAGAGAUAGAAGAAUUGGAACGAGAAGCAGAAAGGAAAAUAAUAGAAGAAAACAUCAUAUCAGCUGUACCUUCCAAUGAGCAGGACGAUGAAUAUCGCCCAGAGGUGAAACUGAAGACAGAAGGAAUAGAGGAGGCGACUGAAGGAGAACCUGCUAAUGACAAUGGUGAAGUUGAGGAUCAAGAAGAGAAAGAAGAUGCCGAGAAAGAAAACAUUGAGAAAGAUGAAGAUGAUGUUGAGCAGGAACUUGAGAACAUAGACCCUACAUGGAUAGAAUCCCCCAAAACCAAUGGUCACGUUGAGAAUGGCCCAUUCUUACUGGAACAGCAGCUGGAUGAUGACGAUGAUGAUGAAGAAGAUUGUCCAAAUCCUGAGGAAUAUAACCUUGAUGAGCCAAAUGUGGAAAGUGAUUACACAUAUAGUAGUUCCUAUGAACAAUUCAAUGGUGAAUUGCCAAAUGGACGACAUAAAAUUCCUGAGUCACAGUUUCCAGAGUUCUCCACAUCAUUAUUUCCUGGGCCCUUGGAACCUGUGGCCUGUGGCUCUGCACUUUCUGAGGGAUCCCCACUUACUGAGCCUGAGGAAGGCAGCCCAUCCCAUGACAGAAGCAGGACGGUUUCAGCCUCCAGCACUGGGGAUUUGCCAAAAACAAAAACCCGAGCGGCCGACUUGUUGGUGAAUCCCCUGGAUCCACUGAAUGCAGAUAAAAUUAGAGUUAAAAUUGCUGACCUGGGAAAUGCUUGUUGGGUGCAUAAACACUUCACAGAAGACAUCCAGACACGUCAAUAUAGAUCCAUAGAGGUUUUAAUAGGAGCAGGUUACAGUACACCUGCUGACAUUUGGAGUACAGCCUGUAUGGCAUUUGAGCUGGCCACAGGAGAUUAUUUGUUUGAACCACAUUCUGGGGAAGACUAUUCCAGAGAUGAAGACCACAUAGCCCACAUCAUAGAGCUGCUAGGCAGUAUCCCAAGGCACUUUGCUCUGUCUGGAAAAUAUUCUCGGGAAUUCUUCAAUCGCAGAGAUCACAUAGCAUUGAUCAUUGAACUGCUGGGGAAAGUCCCUCGAAAAUACGCUAUGUUGGGGAAAUACUCCAAGGAGUUUUUCACCAGAAAAGGAGAACUGCGGCACAUCACCAAGCUGAAGCCCUGGAGCCUCUUUGAUGUACUCGUGGAAAAGUAUGGUUGGCCUCACGAAGAUGCUGCACAGUUUACAGAUUUCCUGAUCCCGAUGUUAGAAAUGGUCCCCGAGAAACGAGCCUCCGCUGGUGAAUGCCUUCGGCAUCCUUGGUUGAAUUCUUAGCAGAUUCUACAAAUAUAGCAUUCUGAGCUAGCAAAUGUUUCCCAGUACAUUGGACCUAAACGGUGACUCUCACUCUAUAACAGGAUUACAAGUGAGCUGACUUCAUCCUCAGACCUUUAUUUUGCUUUGAGGUACUGUUGUUUGACAUUUUGCUUCUUGUGCACUGUGAUCCUGGGGAAGGGUUAGUCUUCUGUCUUCAGCUUAGUAGUUUACUGACCCACUUUCUUCUGGAAACAAUAACAUGUCUCUAAGCAUUGUUUCUUGUGUUGUGUGACAUUCAAAUGUCAGUUUUUUUGAACGAAAAAUACUUCCCCCGUUGUGUUUUGGCAGGUUUUGUAACUAUUUAUGAAGAAAUAUUUUAGCUGAGUACUAUAUAAUUUACAAUCUUAAGAAAUUAUCAAGUUGGAACCAAGAAAUAGCAAGGAAAUGUACAAUUUUAUCUUCUGGUAAAGGGACAUCAUUCCUGUAUUAUAGUAUAUGUAAAUGUACCCUGUAAAUGUUAAUUUCCAUUAAAUAUGGGAUGGGGACUCAAGUUACAGAAAAGCUACUAAGUCUUGAGUGCUCUAUAGGCUAAGUUGCAUGUAGCGGAUUUAACUGCUCCAAGGAGCUGUGCACACUUUUCAUUCCAUAACAGUUCUUUUACAUUGAAUUUUAAAACAAAGUGGCUCUGGGUUUAUAUAGGAUGUUAUUCCCGAUAGGGCAAUUGAAAAGAAGACAUGCUUCUCAUUCUAAAAUACAUAUUCUAGUUUAGCACUCUCAUUCGUAUUUUUGCAUAUUUUUAAAAGUAAUUUUAAAGAAAAAGCAAUUUCCCUUUAAAAAUGUGAUGGGUGGGUAUCAUGUGGUGUUGCCUCUUCCAAGCACUGUACGGUAAACUACACAGAUUAAAUUGGGUAAGACAAACAUGUUAAGUGUGUGGAAUGAAAAAAAUACAUAUAUUUUUUGGAAAAGCUUGCUUGUGUCUGUCUCAAACCAAGGUACAGUAUCUGUAGUUUACAAUGCAGUGGGAAGAUUACUGACAUCUCCGAGGUAACAGUGAUUGUAUUCAUUCCACAGGCAAUUUAUAUGUGGUUCUAACAAAUUAUACUAGCUUUCUGUCUGUUCAUGACUUUCCCUUUACAGGUUGCACACAAUUUUGGUUAUGCAUUUUCUUUAAAUAGUAGACUACAGGAUACAAACCAUAGUAGGCAAUACAAUUUUAACUGUAAUGUACAGAGAGGUAUAUUUAGCUUCUCUUAGAAGUCAGUGGAUUGAAUGUCAGGUUGUUUUUUUUUAAGUUUUACAUUAAGGUGCCUCAUUUCUCUUGACUUUGUCCAUUAACCUUUAUCCAUAUGCCUUUGCAAUAACUAGAUUGUGAAAAGAUAUCAAGUGUUGUAACAAUAAUCCAUUGUUUGAGGUGCUUGCAGUUGUCUUAAAAAUUAAAGUGUUUUGGUUUUUUUUCCCCAGAGAAUGCCUUGGUCAUUGGCCUGUAUUUGAAGUGUAGAAUCAACAAAUAGCUUUUUAGUAUAGUGUAACCCCAAACUAAAGAACUAUCAACAGUCCUGUUGCAGGAAAUGGAGUUGUAUGACACUCAUUAAGGUUUAUUACAAGGAAAUCAUUCUUCGGUUUUUGGGAGUAGACUAUGGACUUAGAGUAGAUGCUAUGUUUUAGAUUAAUUUGCUAGAUUUUAAGUGAUCCUUUGUAAUGUACAUUUCACCAGCAACAUAAUUUAGUUUGUGCAUUGCAAGUUUUCUUUUUUCACAAUAUUCAUUGUGAGGGAACAAGACAAACAACUUUAGUAGUUAGCAUUCCAUCACAUAAUGCUGAGUGGAAUGUUCCACUUAGUCAUGUGUGAGAUCCGCAUAUUAAGUUUUUCUAAUGAAGCUGUACCUUACACUGUGGAUUCUACAGCAGGUGACUGUAGACCGGUGAUGCAGUCCACAGUUUUCAUAGGAAUCAUUCUUGUAAGAGUCACAAAGUACAUUUAUGUCUUCCCAUGUCUCUUAAGAAUUUUUUCAGGGAUAUACUGCACUUGAAUAAAAUUAGCCUCAUGCGGUUUUGGCUCGUGUUAGAAAUAAACUUGACUGUUAUAAAGUUUAAUGGUCUCUCCCUUAUGAUAAAAGAGCCUGUGUCAUUUAUAAUGUGGAAA